AUGACUGGUGAAAUAAUUCCUUUAAAAAGUUUGUCAGGUUUAUCAUCAGAAAUGAUAGUUGAAUUAAAAUCUAUUUUGGAUCAAUUUAUUCCAUUAAUUAGAUGGUUUGAUCUUUCUGCAAAUGAAUUCUUUCAAGAUGUUUACCCUUUCGAAAAAAUUUUACCUAAAUCAAUCUUUCAGGAUAUUUUACGUCAUCACAUGAAUUCAUCUACCUUUAAUUCUAAUUUAACUUUGAAUAGAUCAAUGCAAAAUUUACCACUUUUAGAUUCUAUUAUCAUAGAUCAAAAUCACGUUAACACAAUAGCAAGUUGGGUAGAUAAAAAAGAUUAUAAUUAUUACGAAAAUCGACGUCCUCCUUACAAAUUAUCUCUAUUAUUAAGAGCAAGCAGAGAUGGUUUUAGUGCUGACACAUUUCAUAAAUUAUGUGAUAAGAAAGGUCCUACAAUAGUAAUUUCAAAAGUAUUUCAAACUGGUCAAAUAAUAGGUGCUUUUACUCCAAUCAAUUUCGAACAAGGAUUUCCAAUAAGAUGUAACGAUAGUUGGCUAAGUACGACUGAUAGUUUCAUAUUUUCUUUCAAGAAUAAUCAACAAAUUAAUGCUAAUAAUGUUAGCAUAGCGAGAGUGGCUGAUAAACAUAAAGCAAUUUAUUAUAAUUCAAAUUUUGGUCCGGGAUGGGGUGGAAUUGAUUUAAUAUUUAUUAAUAAUCAAGCUAGAAGUAACGGAUUUAAAACUUAUCCAGGUAUUAGAAGUUUUAUCAACGCAAUUAAUAAGAUUGAUGAUUAUGAGGUGUUUCAAAUUACGAAAACAUAG